GAAAGUUUAAUAUUUUAUAUUUUAUUUUAUUCUUAAAGAAGUACUAUAAAUAAGAGUGAUAGACACAGGUCUUCUUCGCACAGAAGUAGCUAUAGAAAGUGAGAGAUCAGUGUGAGCGUUAAGCAGUGAUACAAUCAUGGCCACCCUUGUUGUUCCUCAGGAUGUUUCUAUUGUUGAUGAUGCAGAAAAUCUCAGGAAGGCUUUCCAUGGUUGGGGUACCAAUGAGAAGGCUGUAAUUUCAGUUCUUGGUCACAGAAAUGCAGCUCAAAGGAAGCAAAUCAGGCAAGCUUAUUGGGAUCUUUACCAGGAAGAACUUGUUAAGCGUCUUGAAUCUGAGCUCACUGGAGAUUUUGAGAGGGCUGUGUACCGAUGGAUAUUGGACCCAGAGGAUAGAGAUGCAGUGUUAGCUAAUGUGGCUCUAAGGAAAUCUGGUGAUUAUCAUGUGAUUAUCGAAAUUGCUUGUGUCCGAUCUGCAGAGGAGCUCUUGACAGUGAGAAGGGCCUACCAGGCUCGCUACAAGCAUUCCUUGGAAGAAGAUGUAGCGGCUCAUACUACUGGUGAUGUCAGGAAGCUCUUGGUUGGGUUGGUGACAGCAUUUAGAUAUGAAGGUGCUGAGAUUAAUACUAGAUUGGCUAAAUCAGAAGCUGAUAUUCUUCAGGACGCAAUCAAAGACAAGGCAUUUAAUCACGACGAAGUUAUUAGGAUCCUCACCACAAGAAGCAAAACACAACUCAUGGCUACUUUCAACAGCUUCAAAGAUGAUCAGGGCACUUCCAUCACUAAGAUGUUGCUGGGUGAGUCUGCUGAUAACGAGUUCAAGACCUUGCUACGAAUUGCCAUUCGAUGCAUCAAUGAACCUCUUAAGUACUACGAAAAGGUUUUGCGCAAUGCAAUCAGAAAGGUUGGGACUGAUGAGGAUGCACUCACUCGUGUCAUAGUAACAAGGGCUGAGAAAGAUUUACUGGAUAUCAAAGAUCUUUACUAUAAGAGGAACAGUGUGGCUCUUGAUCAUGCAGUUGCCAACGAAACUUCAGGAGAUUACAAGCAUUUCCUUCUUGCUCUGCUAGGAAAGGAGGAUUAAACUUAUUAGCUCAAUAUUUGAGAGUCUUCAAGUGAGCAAUCAAUAAUGCUUUUAAUUAUCAGUACUUUGUUGCUAUGAGGCUUUGCUUUUAAUUUUCUUGGUCUUGAGUUUCAAUCUGGAUUUGAGACAGUAUGGUAUCUUAUCUUAUGCUAUUUAUAAUGUAAUAGUUUCUUUAAGCAGUUUUAUUGUGGGCUAUGGCAGAUUCAAGAUGGUUCAUCAA